AUGCAGAUCACGAGACCUCCAGAGUGCUUGCUGCUCGCAAUGGACGGACGCCAACAGCCGGAGUCAUCCGGCAUGCGGCCGGAGUGUCAAGAAGGUCGAAGUCGAGUGUGUCGGGUGUGCAGACCGUGGUCCGCGCGGAAGCGUCGACAGGGCAGCCGGUGUUUCCGCAUGGGGGAGCGACGUGCGUACGCAAGCGGCGACGAAGACGCUUCCUCCUCGAGGACCUCGCCGACACCAUCAUCGUGGUCGUCCGGCGACGGUGACUGGGAAGACCAGACCGAGCAGCGGCGGUCGUCGUCGUCGUACCCUCGCGAGGCCCUGACGACGCUCGAGUCCCUGUGGCGCGAGCGGAAGCUGUGCGACGUCGAGAUCGACGCGUCCGGCGAGGGCGUCGUCCUGGCGCACAGAGUGGUGCUGGCGGCCGGCAUUCCGUACUUCAGAGCCAUGUUCACGAGCAACCUGCGCGAGUCGCACGCCCACCGAGUCUCUAUCAAGGGCGUCAGUCUGCGCGCCAUGGAGCUGAUCGUGCGCUUCGCGUACACCGGUCGCAUCGAAGUCAACGAGAAGAACGUCUGCCAGCUACUGCUCGCCGCCAACAUGCUGCAGGUUGCAACGCAUAACAACGCCUGCUGCAGAUUCCUCGAGCGACAGCUGGACCCUUCCAACUGCAUCGGCAUCGCAGAGUUCUGCCAGCAGCACCACAUACGCGAACUGCAAGACCGCGCUGAGCGCUUCGCCGAGCAACACUUCUCAAUGGUGUGCAGACUGGACGAGUUUCUCUCUCUGCCGUGGUCGAGGCUGUUCGAGCUGCUGCGCAGGGACAGUCUCAAUGUGUGCAGCGAGAUCGAAGUGUACGAGGCCCUCGUGCGCUGGGUGCGGCACGACGAGCACCGGCGCGCCGGAGAGCUCGAGCGCGCCCUCAAGAAGGCGGUGCGCUGCCACCGACUCGCUCCGAGUUUCCUGCGACGUCAGCUGGCCCACUGCGCCCUCCUGAGGGACACGCCCGGCUGCGCGGACUACCUCGCGGACGUGGUACAGGACCUGACCCUGCACCGCGGCUGCAGCUGCUGCGACGAGCGAUGUCCCAGCGUGCCGUCUCUGCUGUACGUGGCCGGCGGAUACCUGCGCCGCUCGCUUAGCACGGUGGACUGCUUCAGCGCCGAGUCCGGCUCGUGGAGCACGCUGCCGCCGCUGCCCCUGGAGCGCAGCGGUCCCGGAGGCGUGUUCCUCGGAGGACUCCUGUACGUGGUCGGCGGUCGCGUGCUCCGACCGCCCACCGAGCUGGGCGAGGACGUGCCCGUGGUGCACUGCUUCGACCCGGCGCUUAACUGCUGGAGUGAGCGAAGUCCCAUGGGUGUGCCCCGGCACAGGCUCGGCGUCGCUGUGCUGGAUGGUGUACUGUACGCCGUCGCGGGAUCGCACGGCACCAACUGCCUCAGCAGCGUCGAGAGGUGA